GAGGCGGAAGAGAUGUAUAUACGGGCGCUACGCGGAUACGAGAAGGCGUGAGGCUUGAGGUAUCCGUUGACGCUGAAAACAAUGAACCAUCUUGGCGAUCUGUAUCUCAGACAAGGCAAAAUGGAGGAGGCGGAGAUGCUAUGGCUGCCCAUGAUCAAAAGGACAUUGGAGGCUGAUGGUACAUGGCCCAGAUCCUUCGAUUUCCCUCUGCAUCGUCUGCUCUCGAAUUAUCGACAACGAGCACAUUGGACUUUCGCAUUCUGCUCCGGGAAACUUCCACGCCAACUCGCACCAUUCAUAUCCUCACGCUGCCAGCCUGCGGCUCUGUGGGACAGAGUUCUAGGCCUGCGAGGCUUUUUCAUCAAACCGUCGGACCAAUGCCUGUAUCUUAUAGGCGGAAUCUUGCUUGCCAUCGGAGAUGAAUCUGAUGCCAUACAUGCGUUCCAACAUUGUAAGUCGAUAUUGCUGAAAGGCAUUGAGCGCGAUGGCUGCGGGCGUGUCAUGCCAGCAGAUGAAAAUCAUCACUCUUGUAACAGCUGUGAGUUCAGAGACUUUUGCCGCCGCUGUUGGCUUCGUUAUCAUGCGGAUGAUGACCAGGGGACUUCGGAAGCGAUCGCACAGCGUAGCGGCCACAGGUUCUGCGAGGUACCAGGAGUGAAGCAGACUGAAGUUGAAGAUCUGGAAGUCGCCAGGCAAGCCGCCAAACGGUGGCUACACGAUCUGUUCGACCGCGGGCCUACAUUUGGCAGUCGAGUGGAUCUGUCUCUUCCCACGAUCGGCCAUGAAAUGCUUUUUCCGUUGUGAAUUAUGUAGACCCGUCGACUAGGAUUUGUGGAUAUUAAUCGGACGGGAAGAGCAUGCGGCGGAGGCAGCCUUGCGAUGGACGCUGUCGGAAACAUCUCCCACUUAGCAAUAUCAAGUUGUAUCGAGAUCAUCAAAACUCGAACGCGGCGGAAAUCCAUGGAUAAAACCCAAUGAAAUCUUGUGCACCUCCUUUCUCUGGAGAUAAAUCUUUUCUCUUUCGCCGGAUCUACUACAUCCUGAUAGCAACACUGAGCACAGUAUGUUAUGCACAAGAGCAGUUCAGCGACUCCGCCCCAUUAUAGCAGAGAAAUACCUUUAUUUGGCAGCAAGAAAGACGUCAAUUUUUUACUGCAGUGCGAAAUUCAUUAGUAUCC